CAACUCUCUCUCACCUCUCUCAACAAGUGAUGCACUGAUUCUCAACAGCCGAAAUCCAAGUGAUAAAAGAUGGCGGCGAUGGCUCAGCUUCGCUUCUCACCCCUUGCGGGUAGCUACGGCCGCCCUAGCGGUGGUCGAGAUUCUGCCCUGAUAUUCGCCGAUAAUACUUCUAUCUCGUUCCCAUUGUUGAAAUGCCGUGGAAAUUCGAUAGGGAGUCUUGAUCUACAGAGUAGAUUUCAUUUGCCAUGUGUUGGGGGUGGCGGAGAUAUAGGCGUUGGACGAGGUAGUGGUGGUGGAGGUGAAAACGGAGGGUGGAGCAGCGGUGGAGGGGAUUCGGAUGAAUCCAAGUCUCCUUCAUCGGGUAGUUUUGGACCGAUUGGGGCUUUCCUCAACGGAUGGAGAUCGAGGGUUGCUGCUGAUCCGCAGUUCCCUUUCAAAGUCCUCAUGGAAGAGUUGGUUGGUGUUAGUGCUUGCUGUUUAGGAGACAUGGCUUCGCGCCCGAAUUUCGGCCUCAAUGAGCUUGAUUUCGUGUUUUCGACUCUUGUUGUUGGUUCCAUCAUGAAUUUCGUGCUUAUGUAUCUCCUGGCCCCGACCAUGUCCUCGGCAAGCGUGUCCUUGCCUGGCAUUUUCGCCAGCUCUCCAACGAGCCACAUGUUUGAACCCGGGGCUUAUAGCUUGAUGAGUAGGCUGGGCACGUUCGUGUACAAAGGCACUCUGUUUGCAGGUGUUGGUUUCGCAGCUGGACUCCUAGGAACUGCUAUUUCGAACGGGCUGAUCAAGAUGAGGAAGAAGAUGGAUCCUACUUUCGAGACCCCAAACAAGGCUCCGCCAACUGUUCUGAACGCCAUCACUUGGGCUAUUCACAUGGGCGUCAGCAGCAAUCUCAGAUACCAGACGUUGAACGGGAUUGAGUUCUUGUUAGCUAAGGGAGUUCCGCCUGCUGUUUUCAAGACCUCGGUGGUCGGGUUGAGGUGCUUGAACAACAUCCUCGGAGGGAUGUCUUUUGUGGUCUUGGCCAGGUUGACGGGAUCGCAGAGUGUCGAUGGAGGGAAGGGAGACGAGAGUGAGAAGCUGGUGAGCGAGACUGAGUCGGACGAGUUCCUAGUUAGGGAAUCAGCCUCCAAAUGAUUGCCAGUGCGUAGAUGAAAUGGUUACUUGGGCUGUGCUAUUGAAUUAGUUCCCUUUCUUGUACAAUGGUUUGGUUUAGGAACUUUAAGUACUAAGAAAUAAAGUUAUGGUUUUGAUUGUUGUUUCUGUGUUAA